UUUUGUUCGCAAAAUUAAUAUUUAGUAAUUAGUAUCCAAAUGAUUAGUAAUUCUUAAUCAUAAAGUUAUUCCCAAUAGCAAGCAGCAGAUAGAUCAUCAAUAUACGACUCUGUUGUUACAUAAAACCCAGCUCUUAAAUAGAUUUUCGACUUCAAAACUAUUUUGUUUUCAAGUUCUUAGAAUAAACUUACCCCUGAAGAAUGCGAUGAAAUAUAUAAAGGCCAAAAGAAAAUAAAUUUGAAGACAGAAGUAAAAUUCGAGAAUGGAGUAAUGCAAUUAAGAAGGACAAAUAGUGAAGUUUAAGAUGUAUUAAUGAAGUUGAAGUUGAUGAAUGUUUAAGCAAGAUUGAAAUCAGCAUAGAGAUAGUAAAAUUAAGAAGAUUUAGAUUAUUAGUAAGACGGAAAUGAAGAUGAAUAUGAAGAUGUUGAAGAUGAAGAUGACCUUUUAUAUGAUAUGGAUGGAGAAGAUGAAUAUGAUUAUGAUUAUGACGAUGAUGAAUAUGAAAGAUAUAGAUAAGAAUAAGACAACUACAGUUAUAUGGGCUAAGAUGAAGAAUACUACUAUAAAUAGAUGCUGAAAGACAUGGAAGAGGAUAUUGAAAAAGAUAUAUAUUAAAAUUAAUAAGAAAAUUUGCAUUUUGAAAAAAAAUAAGGAUAGAAGAACUUUUUGUCAAAACAAAAAGAAGUUUAAAUUAAAAAUACUGAUAAAAAAGAAGAAAAUCUUAAUUCUACUAGUUAAGCCUAAGAAAAUAAAAAUAAGCAAAGUGAACAUAAAGCAGAAUGUAGUUCAGACGAAUGGGAGGAUGAAGAUGACGAAGAAGACUACGAUGAUGAUGAUGAAGAAGAAGAAGAUUAUGACAAUGUUUAAGAGUAAUAAGCUAAUAAUAAAGAUUAAAAUGGUCAUAAAAGUAGAAUUUCCAAAUCUUCAUCAAAUUAAAAGGGUAAAGUUAAAUUCUCUUCAAUAAAAACAUGUGAAGAAGACUAUUUAGAUUGA